GGGCGCUCCAUAAAAGCCUGCUGGCGACCCGCUCUCCGCAUCCCACCGGUGGCUCUCAUCUCUCACGGAGGCGCCCACAGCAGAGCACCAGCCGCGCAGAGACGCCAACCCGCCAGCCACGAUGCUAGGUAGCAAGCGAAUGGGGCUGUGUGGACUGACCCUCGCUCUGUCCCUGCUCGUGUGCUUGGGCGUGCUGGCUGACGGAUACCCCUCCAAGCCCGACAAUCCGGGCGAGGAUGCUCCAGCUGAAGACAUGGCCAGAUACUACUCGGCUCUACGGCACUACAUCAAUCUGAUCACCAGGCAGAGAUAUGGCAAGAGAUCUAGCCCUGAGACACUGAUUUCAGACCUCCUGAUGAGAGAAAGCACAGAAGAUGUCCCCAGAACAAGGCUUGAAGAUCCUUCCAUGUGGUGAUGGAAAUGAAGCUCCCUCUCCCGGUCCUUCCUGUUCUCCACGCUCAUCUCAUCUCAUCCUGUGACACCUGUCCCACCAAUGCAUGCAGCCCCCGGGCUGGACUCAGCACCAUUUCCCUUCUUGUCGUUGUAUAUAUGUGUGUUUAAAUAAAGCAU